AAAGCCACUGUGUUGCAUCUGUCUGCUUCUCUGCAUGUGUCUUUAUGUGUGUGUGACAGAGAGAGAGAGUGAGAGAGAGAGAGAGAGGGAGUGUAAGGGUGCACUAAAAUCCCAAGCAGCCAGUGAGAGACCAAGAGAGUGAGGAGAGAGACGCAGGGGAAAGGCUAAAAGCAUCCGAGACGGGAGAAGGAACGAGUGUGAUUCAGCUAUGAAAUUCAUCCAAGCUUUUUGCUUGCUGCUUCUCUGCCCAGCAUUGGCUCUCAACACCAGACAAGGUUAUGACGGACUGGAAAAGAAGCUAAAGGAAGUCUUCUCGGAAAGAAGCAGCAUCUUGCACCAACUCUCUAAGACAUCUAAGGAGCUGGACAGCAUAAAAAGCGACAUACAGUCUUUGAAAAACGAUGACUCAGUCGCCAAGAAGGACGUACAAAGGAUUUUGGAGCUCAGCCACAAACAGAGAGACGAGAUGAAGUCCCUCCAGGCUGCCUUGCAGAAGCAGCUGGAUGAGGCAAACGAGAGAGCUGAGAAGCAGCAGGCCACGGUUAAACUGAUUAAAGCGGAGAUGGAAAAGAAAACCAAAAUCAUCAAGGACUUACAGCAAGAGAACAAGAGCUUGAAGAAUAAACUCUUGUCAGGAAACAAACUUUGUGAUGCUCACACCGAGGAGUCCAAAAAAAUCCAGGCUCAACUGAAAGAACUGCGGUAUGGGAAAAAGGAUUUAAUUUUUAAGGGCCAGCAGCUAAUGGACUUGGAACACAAGUUAACCAUAGCGAAGGAAGAACUGGAGAAGACUGCGCUUGACAAGGAGUCUCAGCUAAAGGCGCUGAAGGACACCGUUCACAUCUGCUUCUCAGCCGUCCUGCACAAUCAACCCAGCAGCAGCCACAGAUUUCCCACUUCUCCUUCCCAUUUGUACAGAUACUCAUCACUCAUCAACAGCUCCAGAGUCACCUUUCAGCAGCCCCAUGCUAAGGAUAUCUCUAAAGUUCAGAGAAUCAUCCCCACCAGUAAACCCCCCAUGAAUAUGGGAGUAAUGAGGAGAGAAAGUGGUGGAGUUAAAGAGUGCCAGAUGGAGGAGACAGGAGGAGAUUGUUUCCAGAAUCAGACAGAGGAAUUAGUGAAAAAACUACCACAACCACAUCAGCAAAUGAGCCAAGGACAGCCUGGAAACUCGGAAAGCACCGGAAAGCACUCAGAUGACAGCGAGGACGAGGGGCGGAGCAGCAGCAAAAAGAUAAAGGCUCAAAAAUAGUGUGCAGCGUAUCGUCAGAAAUGUAGAUCUGUAUUCCUUUAAAACUUUGAAGAGCACACACCUGGUGCAUUGUCACAAAACACACACACACACAUAUCCAUGGACACAAAAACAAGGUCAGCAUUGCUUGCAAAAGCUGAGACACAGGAAAUGUCAAAUGACAUGGCAUGCAUUCUAAACUUUUAUUUUGGAGGUAGCAAUGGCACUAGUAACUUGUUUCAUGAUUGUUCAUUUGAUGUUUACUUAUAUGAGUUUUAUUCUUAGUGAGGACACUGCUUUCUAAUGUGUGAUCUUUCUAGAAAAAAAUCUCUUUGCACUGUUAAGGUCUGACACAGUAUCCUGUGAUAGGUAUACUCAUUGGCUAAGACGAAAAAGGAAAUAAGAAAACGAAAAAAAAAAAAAAAAAACAGUACUUCUAAAACUACUACCAGACUUAGAAUAUUGUUUGUCACUCAUUGUAGUAAGGUUAAUUUACUUCUCCACAUUUUGGAAUAUAGAGGCUCAAGUUGGCUGGCCAACUGUUCAACAUUGAAUAUUUCUGCACUCUUAAUGCCUUAGCACACCAGAGGCAACGAGCCGAAGACUCACAAUGGGUCGUCUCCCCGAGAAUGUGCCAUGCACUGAGUAGUAACUCCUAGCUACAUUUAUCUGUGUUCUCUGACCUUUAUGUGUACUUUCAAUAAACUGUAAUUUUCAGUAAAUGUGAAGAAUAAAUGGUUAUUUGUGGGAAAAAUAUGAGCCGGUAUGUUUUUGAUCAUAAGAGUAAAGGUUACUCAGCAUGCCAACCAUUCCCUGUGAAUAUUUAUUCAGUGUUGGUCAUUAUUUAAAAUCUAAAAAUAUAUGUGUACUGUGUAUAUAUGUAAACAAUCACAUACAACAGAGGCCUCCGCCUCAUCCGCUUUGCAGGGUGCAACAGCAAGUGGUGUCACAUUGAAGCAGAAGUAGAUGGCUUGUAUUUAACCAAGUUAAAUACAACCAAGUAUAUAUAACCAAGUAUGCUGCUAUGAACUAAAACAAUAAAGCACCCGUUGGAAAAUUGUACUUUUAACCGCCCCUGGAAUAUAAAAUAUACAUUUACCGAAAAUGCAGAGGGGAAGCCAAUAUUUAUGUAAAACAUAUUUCCAAGGAGGGCAGCACAGUGGUUGAGUGGAUAGCACGCAGGCCACACAGCUAGGAGACAGACUUUGAUUCCACCCCUGUCUACGAGUGGGUUUUCUCCGGGUCCUCCGGUUUCCUCCCACAUUCCAAAAACAUGCUAGGUUAAUUGGCCACUCCAAAUUGUCCAUAGGUAUGAAUGUGAGUGGGAAUGGUUGUUUGUCUAUAUGUGCCCUGUGAUUGGCUGGUCCAGGGUGGACCCCUGGGAUAGUUUCCAGCACGCCCGCGACCCUCGUAAAUGAAUGAAUGAAUGAAUGUUUCCAAGGAAUAUAACGGGUGCGAUUGGCUGGUGACCGGUCCAGAGUGUACCAGGCCUCUCGCCCAAAGACAGCUGGGAUAGGCUCCAGCAUACAUGGAUGGAUGGAUGGAUGGAUGGAUAACGGGUGUCCCAACUUAUUCCACCGAGUACCACAUACUUAAAAGUGAAAGGGUGCUUUUGUGUUGAUAUAAAAGUUUAUAUCGAUUAAAAAAAGAGAUUAACGCUAUUAAAUAACACAUUAAAUACGAUUAAUUCAUGGAAAUGAAUGCUUGCCACACCUCUGUUAUGACAGCCGACGUAGGCACAGUGUAGCGUCCCCGCAGUCUCAUUAGUCUGACACUGUUUUAUAAUUUUAUUGUGACCUGAACAUAUCAACAACCGUGCAAUUCCAACACAAUACAAAUACAUUUGUAAAUACAAUUGUGUAUAUUUUAGCUAGAUUCAAUUUUUUUGUAAUUUGGAGUUGUUAAUACUGUAAUUUCCAGUGUGGUCAAAUAUUUAGUACACCAAAAGAUGUUAUACAAUUUGUUUUAAACUUGCAGAAAACACAUAACAGUGCGUGUAACAUGGCUGGUUAAACAGUAGCCUAGCAAAAAAGGCUAAAACCUCUAAAGUCAUUCUCUUUUUCUCAAGUGUUGGAACUGAACAGCCCCACAAUUCCCUUGGCACACACGCCACCGGUCCCUCUCCUUUGUUGUCACUCCGAGCACCACCCCCGCCCAUCGCAGGCAAAUCAGGCCCCAAGGCUGUGUUGUCCCCAGAAACCCCCCGGCAACACUGGAUCCACGCUGCCAAGAUGCACCGACAGACCCGAGCAAAAGCCACAAGAUUGAUCACCUUCAACAUCUCAUGUGCCGCUCCAUGUGUUCCCCAUUAUGAGUAAAAAGACAAAUUAACAGGAACACAGUAACAGUAAAAGUAACUUAAUUAUUAAGAUUUUGUCUAAGUGAUAUAGCUAUAGACUCAAGUAUUGGCGUAAUUAAUAUUUGUAGGAAAAAAGCCAAAACAAACACCAGAAUAUCAAUGUUACAACAUCGACAUGUCAUUACGGUAUUAAUGUC